AGCGUGCGUGCGCGCGCGCGUGAGAAGUUCUUCCUGUUCGUGCCCCGCACAUCCGCUCGGCCCGACACGCCGCUGCUGGAUCUGUAACAUGCGCACUGAGUCGCUUGAGCUGGGCGGAUGAUGAUGGAGCGGUAAAGUUCACGGUAAGAUGUGUGUGUCCUGUUUGGAGAUUUGGGAUAAACUGAUUGAGGACAGCAGCUAACCCACGUAUGGCCUGCGAGUCGGCGUUACCUGCCAUCAUGGACGAGCAGGCCCUCAUGGGACUGAACCCCAACGCCGAUGCCUGCUACAGGCAGAGGGCGCUGGCAUAUUUUGAGCAGUUGAAAGAGUCUCUGGAUGGAUGGGAGGUGUGUGCCGAAGCCCUGGCCAAAGGGGUUUACAGUGACGAUCAUGUAAAGUUCUUCUGCUUUCAAGUCUUGGAGCACCAGAUUAAAUUCAGACACGGGACGCUCGCUGCAGCUCAACAGCAGCUGAUCCGAGAGACCCUGAUGAAAUGGUUGCAGGCUCAGUUGAUGAACGUGCAUCCAGAAAAGCCCUUCAUCAGGAACAAGGCGGCGCAGGUUUUGGCCCUGACGUUUGUGAUGGAGUAUCUGACGUUAUGGCCCAAGUUCUUCUUCGACAUCCUCAAUCUGGUGGGACUGAAUUUAAACGGUGUGGACAUUUACCUGCGCACGCUGAUGGCUGUCGACGCUGAAGUGGUUGAUCGGGACAUCCUGCACAGCCCUGAGGAGACACGCAGAAACAUUCUGAUCAAAGACACCAUGCGUGAGCAGUGCAUCCCGGCGCUGGUGGAGUCCUGGUUCCAGAUCCUUCAGACGUACCAGCACACCCACAGCGAGCUGACCUGCCAGUGUCUGGAGGUGGUGGGCGCCUACGUGUCCUGGAUCGACCUCAACCUCAUCGCCAACGACAGGUUUGUGAAUCUGCUGCUCAGUCACAUGUCCAUGGAGGAGCUGCGUGAGGAGGCAUGCGAUUGUCUGUUUGAGAUCGUCAAUAAAGGCAUGGAACCCGUUGACAAAACCAAACUGGUGGAGUCUCUGUGUCAGGUGCUGCAGUCCGCGGGGUUCUUCAAUAUCGAGCAGGAGGAGGAUGUGGAUUUCCUGGCUAAGUUCUCUCGGUUGGUUAACGGGAUGGGUCAGUCUCUGGUGCUGAGCUGGACUAAACUCAGUAAGACGGGCGAUGCGAAGGUUUCGGCGGAAACGCUGCGUGCGGUGGAGGGGAAGGUUCCUCUGAUGCUGCAGCUGCUCAUUCAUGAAGACGAUGAUAUUUCAGCCAACAUCGUGGGCUUCUGUUAUGACUACCUGCAUGUUCUCAAACAGCUUCCAGCUCUCAGUGAGCAGCAGAAGAGCAACGUGGAGGCGAUCAUGCUGGCUGUGAUGAACAAACUCAAGUACGAUGACGAGUACAACUUUGAGAAUGAGGGCGAGGAUGAGGCCAUGUUUGUCGAAUACAGGAAGCAGUUAAAGAUGUUGCUGGACCGACUGGCUCAGGUCUCUCCUGAGCUUCUGCUGGAAGCCGUGCACAGAGUCUUCAGCGCCACCAUGCAGAACUGGCAGACGGUGCAGUUCAUGGAGGUGGAGGUGGCCAUCAGGCUGCUGUAUAUGCUGGGAGAAGCUCUUCCUGCGUCUCACGGAGCGCAUUUCUCUGGAGACACCACGAAAACCAGCACGCUGCAGUCCAUGAUGAGAACGCUGAUCUCCUGCGGUGUGAGCGAGUAUCAGCAUUCCUCUGUGACUCUGGAGUUCUUCGAGACCGUCGUCCGUUAUGAUAAAUUCUCACAUUCCCAGCCUCAUCAUCAUUGCCCAAAGCCUUGUUGA